AUGGAUAAUCAAGUUGUACAAUCAAUAUUAAUUAAUUAUGGUUAUUCAGUGGUUCAAAAAGUUGGAGCUGGAGCUUUCUCCACCUGCUACUUAGUUGUUGAUGAAAAGUAUAAACGUCAGUUUAUUUGCAAAGUUAUUGAAGUACCAAAUGACAAUGAUCAUGCAAUAACCGUCAAGAGAUCCUAUUAUAACGAAGUUAAUGCCCUUGUAGAAUGCAUUCAUCCAAACGUAAUCAAGAUUUAUAAUAAUUUCAUUGAGAGAAACAUGCUAUUUAUUAUUUUGGAAUAUUGCAGCGGUGGAUCCAUUGACAAACUAAUCCAAAAGAAAGGGCCUCUGAAGGAAAGCGAUCUUUUUAAUUACACUUUAGAAUUUGCCUAUGGUUUAUCAUACUGCCAUUCAAUGGGAAUUGCUAACCAUGAUAUCAAGCCAGCGAACCUGUUACUUGACGAGUUCAACAAACUCAAAAUUGCUGACUUUGGCUUCGCUUCCAUCCAAAAAUACGUGAUGUCUGAUUAUAUGGGCUCCCUCGCCUUCAUGGCUCCAGAGAAAAUCAGUAAAUACAAGUACAAUCCAUUUUUGAGCGAUGUUUGGAGUUUUGGAAUCACAUUAUAUUAUUUGGCAACAGGAAAUUUGCCAUUUUAUGGUAUCAACUCAAAAGACCUUAAGAGGUGCAUUCUUGGAUGCACAUACCAGAUUCCAAAAACAGUUACAAAAUUUGCUCAAACAAUUAUCAUGAAAACACUACUUUUAAAACCUGCUGAUAGAUGGAUGAUGAAUGAUGUUGUGAAAUUCUUGCGAUUAUGUCAGUCAAAGUACAUAUCUCCAAACAAAUCAACAAGUGAUAUUGUUUUGAAGACAAUUGUAAUGAGUCGUUCAACAAAACUCAAUAAAAGAAGUAGUGCACCAAGAUUGUCAUCAUCUUCUCUCUUAGUUUCGAGUAAUGACAAUGAAGAAGCAGUAGAUAAUGAUCAAUUUGUUAUUUAA